GUCUAUAUCCCCAAGUCUUCCAUGUCAAUUUUCCAAGUCAACUGACGUGUUUACCAUCUCCAUACCCAUAUAUUGUAGAGGGGUAAUAAUGAAAGAGAAUUACUAACCUUCUUGGUGGUUCUUUCCUUUCAAUUGGUUCAUGGCUGCUUUCUCUUUGAUUCUUCUCUUUGCACUCUUUCUCUCUCUUUUUCCCUUUAUCAAGGGUUGUCCACCCCCUUUUCCCUGUGGAAGAGUCGGUCCAAUCAGUUACCCUUUCACGAGCAAAUUUGGAUUUGAUGCGGGAUGCGGUCUCUUUGUAAUGGAUGAUUGCGAUAAAGAAAUUCCGAAGAUCAAGUUUGAUAGGGGACCUGGAAAUUGGUAUCAAGUCGAAAGCAUCUCCCCAUAUGAAGAAAAUGGGAUCCAGUUACCGAGAGACAUUUCGUUUGACAUGCUUAUCAGUAAAAACUUUUCGUUUGACAUAAAGCUCCAGAAUCAGUUGAGUUCCAAUAAAUGUGAGUCCUUCAACAAUCUGAGUCUUCCCACUCUCACAUACGCUUCUUUUCAAAUUGACUCCAGUCUAACAACCAUAUACAAAUGCAACCACUCUGUAGAUUUUCCAGAACCUUCUUUUAAUUUUAUUAGUUAUACAAAGUGCCACGACUUCAAAAUCUAUUACCCUAAGAAGGAUAAUGCAAGGAUACCGAGGCCUCUGCGUAACUGCUCAAUUGUGCAGCUCCCACUAAACACAAACAAUGAUCAUGACGACAUAUUCCGAAUGUUAGCUGCUAAAUUCUCUCUUAAUGUAAGCAUACGGCUUGAUUGUUACCACUGUUAUUUACGUGGUGGAGAAUGUAAAACCAACAAUGGAACAGAGAAAUGCAUCCAGCCACUUCCUCCUCCAGAAAGACACAAAGUUAAAUGCUGUCUCCCAGGUAUCGGAUGUGCUACUUUCACUGCGAUAAUUUUGAUGGCCAUCAUAACUUUCUUCUGGCAUCGAUAUAAAAAACGAAAAAAUGAUUCCUCGAACCUUCUCCCAAGAAACACUUCUGCUGAUCUAUUCUCAAAAUCAGAUAGGGAAGGGAGCAAUAUCUUCUAUGGGGUCUCCGUCUUCUCUUACACUGAACUUGAAGAAGCCACUAAUAACUUUGCUUCUGAGAAUGAACUAGGAGAUGGAGGUUUUGGAACUGUACACUAUGGCAUGCUUCGAGAUGGGCGUGAAGUUGCAGUCAAGCGCCUACGUGAGCGCAACUACCACAAGGUUCAGCAAUUCCUUAAUGAGAUUGAAAUCUUGACACGCAUGCGCCACAAAAAUUUAGUGUCCCUCUAUGGGUGCACUUCACGCCGCAGCCGUGAGCUCCUCCUUGUGUACGAAUACAUUCCUAAUGGGACUGUUGCUGAUCAUCUCCAUGGUGAUCAAGCCAGUUCUAGCCCGCUCACCUGGCCUAUUCGAAUGAGGAUUGCCAUAGAAACAGCUGAUGCACUGGCUUACCUCCAUGCUUCUGAUGUCAUUCAUCGAGAUGUGAAGACCAACAACAUUCUCCUUGACAACUAUUUCUCUGUCAAAGUUGCAGAUUUUGGCCUUUCUAGAUUGUUCCCAAAUGAUGUCACUCACGUCUCAACUGCCCCACAGGGGACUCCUGGCUACCUUGACCCUGAAUAUUUCCAAUGUUACCAGCUAACUGAUAAGAGUGAUGUCUAUAGCUUUGGUGUUGUCCUUGUUGAACUCUUAUCAUCCAUGCCUGCUGUUGACAUAACUAGACAGCGGGGUGAGAUUAAUUUGGCUAAGUUAGCAGUAAGCAAGAUCCAAAGAUCUGCUUUUGAUGAGUUGAUUGACCCCUGUCUUGGGUAUCAGUCAGAUGAGGAAGUUAAAAGAAUGACAACCAGUGUUGCAGAAUUAGCUUUUCUGUGUUUGCAGCAAGAUAGUGAAUUGAGACCUCCUAUGGAUGAGGUGUUGGAGGAACUAAAGAGAAUUGACAGCCCACAAGAAGAGUCACAUUUUCUAAAGGAAAACUAUGAUAAUGCCUGAACCACUGACAUCACCUCCACAUUACAGUGAGUUUGUAUUGCUGAAGAGUAUCCUAUCCUCUCUUUCACCAGAUCUCAUAACUAAUAAAUCUGUUGAUGCUCAUAGUUAGAUGCUUGGGACUAGGGUGUACGACUUGUUUUUCUCAUUUGCUUGUCUGUCUUUUGUUGUUCUUAGAAACUAGCAUUUAAUUCGUAGCAUUAGUGAACUGAAAUUAAGUUUUUGAGUAUGUAAAUAAAUAUAGUUAUUUAUUCUCUUUACUAAUGUUUAUAUUUUAUUUAGAGGGUAUUUGGCUU